AUGUCGGAGGCUACCAUUGAGCUGGACUCGAGCACCGCGGUGGCUCCCAAGUGCUCCAAUGUGAACAACAACAAUAGUGCCCGCUCCAGUCGAGUGGGCAGCGCCUCCUCCGGACCGGAUUCGGAUGCGGAGUGCCAGCGUUUCGGUUGGUGCGGCUGGAAUCCGGCAUGGCUUCAGCGCUUCUGCACCGCCAAGUGGGCUCUUUUCUGGCUCUGCUGGGGCGGUGCUCUCCAAGGUCUCAUCGUGAACGGCCUGAUCAACGUGUCCAUCUCCACCAUCGAGCGUCGCUUUGGACUCCGCUCCCGGCAGAUGGGACUGGUGGCCAGUGGCUACGAUUUGGCCUCCUUCGCCUGCCUAGUGCCAGUUACCUACUACGGCGGACGACGUGGUGCCUCCAAGCCGCGCUUCAUCGCCAUCGGACUGAUUGUGAUGGGCAUGGGAUCGCUGGUCUUCCUGCUGCCCAACUUCUUGGUGGGCAACUACCGGGCCACCAUUGCCGAGGCAAAUGUGUGCGAGCCAACGGGAUUGCCGUUCAACUCCAACUCCAGCCAGAUGACCGCUUGCGAACUGAACGCAAUGGGGGAGGGGCAGGGCGAGAAUUUGACCUGGACGGUGUGGCUCUUCCUGGCCGCUCAACUGCUCCACGGCGCCGGAGCAUCGCCCCUCUUCACGCUGGGCGUCACAUAUAUCGAUGAGAACGUCUCAAAGAAGAUGUCAUCUGUUUACUUGGGCAUCUACUACACAAUGGCCACCGUUGGACCAGCGAUUGGCUACGUAUUCGGUGGACAACUGCUGCUCAUCUAUACGGAUUGGAUGACCGUGGAUCCCGUUCAACUCAGCCUGACCAGCGACAGCAAGGUGUGGAUUGGUGCCUGGUGGCUGGGCUUCAUUUUUGCAGCCGCCAUGUGCCUGCUCAUCGCCCUGCCCAUAUUCGGGUAUCCCAAGUUGCUUCCCGGCGCGGAGAAGCUACAGCUGGAAAGGGUCUCGGAGGCACAUGCCACCAUAUCGGAGGCGGAUGACUCCAGUAAAGUGGUCAGGGGACUGCCACGUGCGGUGCUCAGCCUGCUGGCUAAUCCCACAUUCUUUUUCCUGAACCUGGCCGGAGCCACGGAGGGUCUGGUGAUAGCCGGAUUCGCCGCCUUCCUGCCCAAGCAGAUCGAGAAUCAGUUCAGCAUUUCACCCAUGUAUUCGGCUUUGGUGAUGGGUCUGAUCACGGUGCCUGCUGGAGGCGGUGGCACCUUUCUCGGUGGCUACUUGGUCAAGAAAUGGAAUCUGGCCUGCAGAGGAAUCAUCAAGAUGUGCCUGUUGGCCACCACAGUGGCAGCACUCUUCACCAUCUGCUUUCUGGUCUCUUGUCCGAAUCCGAAGUUUGCCGGCGUCACCACGGGCUAUAAAAUGCAGGCCAGUAGCGAUUCUCCCGCCUUGGUGGCAAGUUGCAAUUCCAACUGCGGCUGCAGUCGCACCAACUACGAUCCCAUCUGUGGCGUCGAUGGCGUCAUGUACUACAGUCCAUGCUACGCAGGAUGCGCUAAGGAGGAGCACGCGAACAGCCAGAAGCGCUAUCACAACUGCAGUUGCAUCGAGCAAGUUGGUUGGGUGGACGAGGGCAGUCAGUCCUCGGAAGCCCUCCACUUCCGGCCAGAUGCCACCAACCGGAAGUGCGAGUCCACGUGCCAGACCCUGCCUCUCUUCGUGGCGCUCUGCUUCAUCCUGAUGAUCUUUACGUUUCUUGCCACCAUGCCCGCGCUGUCGGCCACACUGAGAUGCGUUCAGGAUGAUCAGCGAUCCUUUGCGUUGGGUCUGCAGUGGAUAAAGGUGCGACUACUGGGCACCAUACCAGCUCCAUUGAUUUUCGGAGCCCUAAUCGACGAGUCCUGCAUUUUGUGGCAAGAGUCCUGCGACAAGGACGCCGGAGGAGCUUGUCUGGUCUACGAUAAUUUCUAUAUCAGCCGAUAUAUGUGGCUAUUGGCGCUAAUCUGCAAACUGGGAUCCGUGGUCUUUUUUGCGUGCGCCUGGUGGUUUUACGUGCCACCCAGUAAGCCAUCGAAUGCAAAUGGAAAGGAAAAUGUUAAUUGAGGGGAUAAUAACCAUUGAACUGAAACUUAUAAUUAUAAUGACCCAGCCAGUCAUUUGGCUCAUAUUGUGGCUCAUCAUAAGCUGGCUAGCAUUUUUAUUCGAUUAGCUAUGAACCUAAGAGAUAUUUUAACUUUACCAAUGCGAAUCUUAUAAAAGAUUCAGCUCAUAAUGCCACUUAAGAUAUUACCUAAGCUUAUCACAAUAUCAUU